GGUUCGGCAGUCGCCGGGACAUGGCUGACGGCGGCGGCUGGCGGCCGCCGCGCCCCUGCGAGGCCUACCGCGCGGAAUGGGAGCUGUGCCGCAGCGCAGGGCACUUCCUGCACCACUACUACGUCCACGGCGAGCGGCCGGCCUGCGAGCAGUGGCGGCGCGACCUGGCCAGCUGCCGCGCGUGGGAGGAGCGCCGGAGCGCCGGAGCCCAGCGGUCCCUCUGCGAGAGCGAGCGUGCAAGAGUCGAGGCUGCACGGAAGCAUGCCCUCGUGUGGGCCCCAAGGCAGAGCCCCCCGGCAGACUGGCACCUCCCUCUGCCACAGGAGGAGAAGGACCAGUGAUGAGCACCCCUGCACGGCCUCCUCUGGUCUGCUUCAAGUGGGGCUGGCACCCGACGCUAAGGACUGUGACCAACCCAAGCAGUCGAGUGGCUCCCUGGGAGCUUCCGCCUGGCUCGGAACAUGGAGCACGAUGGCUCAGCCCUGCUUGGCCAGCCCUGCCGUGCACUCAGGGCGCUCCACUGCUGCCACGCUCUGAAAGACAGCUUCCAGGAAACCAAGCACCACCAGACCCCUGUGAGCAGCCAGGUCAGGCUGGCUCGUGCUCGCCCCUGAGGACAGUAGCACAGGAGCUGACCGUCCCAAGGUCUAGAAUUCUCAGGUAAACUCUUGAGUGGUAGUGCUGACCCCUGUGGACACUUAGGGGGUCAGAAUGUGGUAGCUAAAUGGUUGUGCUGCUGUGAAUGCCUUACUUGGCCCUGGUGUGGUGAUGACUUCAUUGCCAGCCACAGGCCACUUGCUCAGUUCCUCUGCAGGCACAGGCAGGGCGUGUCUCGGGACCAGCACGCUUCACCUCGGUGCACAGGUAGGCCCCUUGGAGACCGUAUUUAAGAAAUGCACACAGCUACAGAACACACAACCUGGCAUAAAAAGGGUUCGUGGACUCUUGGCUUAAAACACCCAAGCCCAAGACAUGGAAUUUUGGUCUCCUUCCCUCAGAAUUUCCCCUGGUCAUUUUUAGAAAAUGUAGAAUGUAUCAAAAGCCAUCUCAAACGUUUGAUUCCAAAUAGAAGCUGAAAAUUAAAACCACAGUUUAACUGUUGAAAUGGUUAGAUUUUGCAUCUGACAUUGUGCUCGAACACUGUUAGACUUUUGUAUGCUUAUGCUCUUGUAGAUGUUUUUAAAAUAUAUCUAUGUGAACCAACAAAAACUCUAGUUCUUGAAGAGGUCUCUUUAUUAUUGAUAAUGUGAUUUAGCAUCUUGUGGCUGCAGAGCAGGCCCCAGUGUGGUGCUCAGGGCCAGGCCAGCCACAUGCCCAGUGCCUUCCCCACUGUCUUCCUGGCCAGCAGGACCCACUGUGUCCUAGUACCUCCCUCAUGACUGGGCCCCAACCUUGCCACAGGUGGUGAGUCAGACAUCUUUUAAAUAAUUCUUUGGGGCAAAAUAAUCCAUGACUUCACAAGGGUAUACAUUAAAGAAUGAAAUUUCCCCUCUUGUGUAUGUUCUGUGUGCCACCAGAAUCCCUGUGAUUGUGUGUCCCCCUGUGAGUGGUGGGAGGUGUGCACAUAGGACCCUGCUAGUCCCUCUGUGUGUGUGUGUCCCUGUGAGUGGUGGGAGGUGUGCACGUAGGACCCUGAUAGUCCCUCUGUGUAUAUGUGUGUGUGUCCCUGUGAGUGGUGGGAGGUGUGCAUGUAGGUCCCCAGUAGUGUGUCUGUGUGUACCUAUGAGGGGUGUUUGCAAAUAGGACUCCAGGAACAGAGGCGAGUCUAAAGAAGAGGCAGGGUCUCCCCAUCCCCAGGGGGCCUUGAGGUGUCUAAGCCAACGAUGGUGUCUCCAUCCUGGCACUGGCUGGGAGAGAGGGAAGGCUGCCAGAGCUCUGUAAGCCUUCUCCUCACUCUGAAACAUGGGGCAGGGACAUUUGAGUUUUGAUCGGCGUGUGAUGCCUGGAAUUGCAGCAGCUCUUUUGGGGUUCCUGGGGCAGGGCUGGGGCAGGCAGGAAAAGCCUGGGAGCAGCGGCUAACAUUGUAGUCCUGAGGGACUCAGCUCAUGGGAGCCAAAGUCCCCCUCGUCUGCUUGUGUAGAGCCGUGGGCUGCCUGCAGCUGAGUGCUCUGUUAGGAACCUUCUCAGCUACUCAGUGAUUUCCACAAGGACAGAGAACCAUCUCUCUGGACAGAAUAUUCCUGAAUCCCCACCUGUGUUCACCUGUUCACAUCUUCUGAGCACCCACUGCACGCCAGGUGGGGUUUGAGGUUCUGGAUCACAGUGUUGAAACAGACAAGUUGCCUUCAAAGAGUUCUGGUUGUGGUGUAGGGGCCAGGCAUAAACAUUUAAACAUCGUUAAAUAAGUGUCUAAAUGAUGGUAAGUGCUGUGAAGAAAAUGGUCAGAGUGAUGAGAUAGAGUAGUGUAUUUCAGCUUUUGAGAUAAAACUGACAGUAGCAAGUGUAUUAUGUUAUGGUCUGGUACCUACUGUUACAUUCAGCAUAUGUUUUUGAAACAAGCUUCAUAAAACAAUACUUACUGUACUGUGGGUGAUAAACAUUGACAUUUUCAGUUCUGUGCCAUUGAAAAUAAACUGCUGUAUAUGCAAUUUGGAUGAACUCAAGGAAAUUAUGCUGAGUUGUAAAAAAAAAAUCUUAAAGGAAUACAUAUGGCAUGAUUCCAUUUAGGUAACAUUGGUGAAAUCAUGUAAUCAGAGAUGGAGAACAGUU